CGCUGCUACCGCCGGAAAGUUCCCGGGACGGGGCCGGAGCAGAGCUGCCCCCAGCCAUGGAGCAGCGGGACGAGCCCGGGCAGGAGGAGGAGGAGGCGGCGGCGGCGGCGGCGGGAGAAGAGGAGGAGGAGGACGAGGCGGCGACUGUCUCGGCUCCUUUCUUCCUCCUCUACCCCGGCCAUGGAGCCGCCGCCGCCGCCCCGCCCGGCGUGUGGAGACCCCCGGCACCCCGCGGCGGGGCCCCUCUGCCCGUGCUGGUGCUGAGCUACCCGGGACCGGACGGAGCCGACGGUACCGGCAGCCAUCCGAAUUACCUGAUGGCUAAUGAACGCAUGAACCUGAUGAACAUGGCAAAGCUGAGCAUCAAGGGCUUGAUUGAAUCAGCUCUGAACCUGGGCAGGACUCUGGACUCUGACUAUGCCCCCCUCCAGCAGUUCUUCGUUGUGAUGGAACAUUGCCUGAAGCAUGGCCUGAAAGCAAAAAAAACUUUUCUUGGGCAAAAUAAGUCAUUUUGGGGACCUCUAGAACUUGUAGAAAAACUUGUUCCUGAAGCUGCAGAAAUUACAGCGAGUGUUAAGGAUCUCCCAGGACUGAAGACACCAGUGGGCAGAGGAAGAGCUUGGCUUCGCCUGGCUCUAAUGCAGAAGAAACUCUCAGAAUACAUGAAAGCAUUGAUCAACAGAAAGGAUCUCCUCAGUGAAUUUUAUGAGCCCAAUGCACUGAUGAUGGAAGAAGAAGGUGCCAUCAUUGCUGGCCUCCUUGUAGGUUUGAAUGUCAUUGAUGCAAACUUCUGCAUGAAGGGAGAAGACCUGGACUCACAGGUUGGAGUUAUUGAUUUCUCAAUGUACUUGAAAGAUGGGAACAGCACAAAGGGCAGUGAAGGAGAUGGUCAGAUAACUGCUAUUUUGGACCAGAAGAACUAUGUAGAAGAACUCAAUAGACAUUUAAGUGCUACAGUAAACAACCUGCAGGCCAAGGUGGAUGCUUUAGAAAAAUCCAACACUAAACUGACUGAGGAGCUUGCAGUUGCAAACAACAGGAUCAUUACUCUGCAGGAAGAGAUGGAACGGGUUAAAGAGGAAAGUUCUUACAUCUUAGAGUCCAAUCGUAAGGUCACUAAAGACAGAACUGCUGAUGGGCAAGCACUGACUGAGGCACGGAAACAGUUAAAGGAGGAGACUCAGCUGAGGCUGGAUGUGGAGAAAGAGCUGGAGGUGCAGAUUGGGAUGAGGCAGGAGAUGGAGCUGGCCAUGAAGAUGCUGGAGAAGGAUGUUUGUGAGAAGCAGGAUGCACUGGUGGCACUCAGACAGCAGCUGGAUGAUCUCAGGGCCCUAAAGCAUGAACUGUCCUUCAAGCUGCAGAGUUCAGACAUGGGAGUGAAACAGAAGAGUGAACUAAACAGCCGUUUGGAAGAAAAAACAAAUCAGAUGGCUGCCAUCAUCAAACAGCUUGAACAAAGUGGAAAGGAUUUGGUGAAACAGGCAAAAAUCUUAAAUAGUGCAGCAAACAAACUGGUGCAGAAGCAUCAUUAGACAUUUUUAUGUCUGGUCACCUCACAGCUCUGACAUCAGAACUCAUUUCUGAGGGGAGAACUCAAGAAUUGCUAAAAGCAACUGUUUAAAUAUUAAUUGUCACCUAAAGUUGAUUUGGAAUUUGCUGAAUUUUUAAAAUCAAUGAGGUUUUUUUCUUCGGAGAUUUAGAGCUGGGUGUAAGAAUCCCUACCUUUGCCACUUAAACUGUGUUAAAAUACCAAUGAGCUGGCCAAGAAACCCACCAGGAAAGCAUAAUGACCCCUGAGCUCUGGCUCUGUGCACCUCGGUGAUGCAAACCUUACCUUCAGCAGAUGCUUGGUGCAUUGGGGGCCCACCAGGAUCAGAUGGGCCAGCUCUGGAAAGUCAACUAGUUUUAUGUGUUCCCCUUUUUGUGAAGUAGACAAGAAAAAAAAAACCCAAAAAACCCAAAAAAAAAAAAAGCAUCCCUGGAAGUUGUUGAACGUAGUUGUGUGCAUACCCCACUCUCUUCUCUGGGCUGGGUCCCCAGGUCCCAGGGGAAGGGGUGCAGCUCAGCAGCUCCUCAGGGUGAAGACCCAGCCCUUGUGUACCCCAAACUGCUCGCAUCUUGGUGGGAGGGUGGGGACUUAUCCUUAUUCCUUUAAACUUCAUGUGUCCAGAAUUAGUAGCUAGGUGUCUUAGAGUAACAUGAUAGAGUGGUAAGUUCAGUGGAAACCUCCUUCUCUUUGCAUUGCCUUCUACCUCUGCCAUGAACCCCUCUAGACAGACCUUGUGGUUCUUCCUGACAAGAAGGAAGCUGAGGAGAAGUGUUUUGGUGGGGCUCUCCUCUUCCAAGAAAGGGAAGUCACACGUUUUACAAAAAAAUAAUCUGAUCCUUAGAGCAUAAAAUUAAAAAAAAAAAACAAAAAUAACCCAACCAAAAGAAAGCAGAUAUGCAGUGGUGGGGAGUGGAAGUGGUCAUUUGGUACUUGGCCUUUCCUUGUUGGAGUAGCUGAUGGUUUAAAAGGAAGAGGUGCCUUUUACUGUGACACUUCUUUCAUUCACUUCUGAGUUUCUGUUGCUCAAUACAAAUGGGAUUUGCCAAAAGAAAGAACAGCCAAAGCUUGGAGAGAGCUUUCAGUAAGGAAAAACAAUUGCCCAUUUAGCACCCCAGUGCAAAACUUUAACUGUAGCUUGGACUUCUCUAAACUAAUGUCCCCUUCCCUGUGGCCACAGAAGCUGACUGUGCUGGCCUGUCACAGGCUUUAGGUUAUAGGUGCUCCUAGAGAUUCCUUUUUCCUUUGAAAGAGAUAAGAUUUGGGGGUUUUCUGUGUUGAAUAAGGGCUUUUUUUUUUAGCUCUGGUGAGAUGCCUGUAGAAAGUCUUUGGUGCCAGUUUCCCUCUUGUCCUGUGGGACAGUGCUCCUUGGGGCAGCAAAAGGGAGUGAAAGGCACCUGGGGAGAGAACCCCCAGUGGGUUCUGCUUGGGAUGUGUGAAAAUCCUCCAGGCUCAGCCCAGUCCUCCCCUGGGCAAGUGUGUGCCACCAGGUAGCAUGUCUGGGGGACACACAGAUGGAUUGGAGAGCAGUUGGGAUUGUUCUAAACCUCUGCGUGAUGCCCAGGUUGCAUGCUUGGAAGUAGAAACCUCCCCUUCAGUAACCUUUUGCUAGAAAUGCAUUUUAACUACCUGGAGAAAAAGAACAGGAAAUAAUACACAAAAGGUGGAAGCGUUCCUCAAGGAAGCCAAAUAGCUGAUCAGAGCAGGGAACUCCCCUGCCCCUCCCCAGGUGUCUUCUGUGGAGCCAGGGGACUGGGCUGGGGUUGUUUGCUCUCACAGUCACACUAAGAUCAGACAGAAUUAAGGAUUUGGCCAUUUCUGAUGUCAGGCCCAGAGCAGAAGUGCUUUGGUGUGCCAGGCUGUGGAAGGGAGCAGGAAAAUGCACUAAUUCUCAAUAUCAUAGCUAACCUAUGUUGCAAGUUCCAGUUACACGUGUAAAGCUGAAAUGUAACAUACAUUAAAAUCCAAUUUGACUGAAAAUUCUGUGUACUUGAGGUUUGCUUUGAAUCUGGAUAAAAGUGAUGUUUUCUGUUUUUCAUCUACUGGCUGUAAACUGUAGUAAUAGAAUAAAACCUAUU